AAAAUCCCAAACAAGGAAAUGGUGGGGGAAUAAAACGACCAGAUUAUUUAAUUAAUGCAUGUAAUAAUUAAUAUUUUAUUUUAUUGUAAUUUAAGACGUAUUUAUGGGUUAAAAUGGAUUACGACUUCAAAACAAAGCUGGCAGCCGAGAGGGAGAGAGUAGAAGAUCUGUUCGAAUAUGAAGGUUGCAAAGUGGGUCGAGGCACCUACGGGCACGUUUAUAAAGCUAAGCGCAAAGACGGGAAGGAUGAGAAGGAAUAUGCACUGAAGCAAAUUGAAGGCACUGGAAUAUCUAUGUCAGCCUGCAGAGAAAUUGCUCUGUUACGAGAACUGAAGCACCCAAAUGUUAUCGCCCUUCAGAAAGUAUUUCUGUCCCACAGCGACAGGAAGGUGUGGCUCCUGUUCGACUACGCCGAACAUGAUCUGUGGCAUAUCAUUAAGUUCCACCGCGCCUCCAAAGCCAACAAGAAGCCCAUGCAGCUCCCCCGAGGAAUGGUGAAAUCUCUCCUGUACCAGAUCCUGGAUGGGAUCCAUUACCUCCACACCAACUGGGUGCUCCACAGGGAUCUGAAACCAGCCAACAUCCUGGUGAUGGGAGAAGGUCCGGAACGAGGGAGAGUUAAAAUUGCUGACAUGGGAUUUGCCAGACUCUUCAACUCUCCGCUGAAGCCCCUGGCAGACCUCGACCCCGUGGUGGUGACCUUCUGGUACCGGGCUCCUGAACUGCUCUUGGGGGCCCGGCACUACACCAAAGCUAUUGACAUUUGGGCAAUUGGCUGCAUCUUUGCGGAGCUGCUAACGUCGGAGCCCAUCUUCCACUGUCGCCAGGAGGACAUCAAGACCAGCAACCCUUUCCACCAUGACCAACUGGACAGGAUAUUCAGUGUGAUGGGUUUCCCUGCAGAUAAAGACUGGGAGGACAUCAGAAAGAUGCCAGAGUAUCCCACACUGCAGAAGGAUUUCAGGAGGACAACGUAUGCAAACAGCAGCCUCAUCAAGUACAUGGAGAAACAUAAAGUGAAGCCCGACAGCAAGGUUUUCCUCCUGCUCCAAAAACUGCUCACCAUGGAUCCCACCAAACGGAUCACGUCGGAGCAGGCUCUGCAGGACGCCUACUUCCUGGAGGAGCCUUUACCGACCACAGAUGUGUUUGCUGGCUGUCAGAUCCCCUACCCAAAGCGAGAGUUUCUUAACGAAGAUGAACCUGAAGAGAAAACAGACAAGAACCAGACCCAGCAGCACCAGCAGACGACGGGCCAGACCCAGGUCCAGACCCAGCAGCAGGCAGCAGCCCAGCAGGCCCCCUCCCAGCAAAGCUCGGCUCAGACCAAUGGCACCGCAGGGGCCACUGGGGCCGCCGGGGGAGGCGGCGUGCAGCAUGGGCAGGACCAGGGCCCGCCCAACAAGAAGCCUCGGAUCGGCCCCUCUGGGGCCUCUUCCGGCACAGGGGUGCUACAGUCGGAAUAUCAGCACUCCAGCUCUCGGCUUGGUUACCAAAGCAACGUCCAAGGGUCCACUCAGUCUCAAAGUACCAUGGGUUACUCGUCAUCAUCCCAGCAGAGCUCCCAGUACUCCCAUCAGACACACCGCUACUAGGAGCCGUAGAAUCUUCUCCAGAUCCCCUGCCCCACCUGACCUUUCACCCCCUGCUUCUGGAACCAGCAGAGGAUGCAACUCCUCAUCUUUAACCGACACCCAGCAGCCUUCCUCGCCUUGGUUGGACCCCUAAUCUUAGGUGACGUCAUUCCAAUUUGGCCUUCCUCCAUUCGAAGCUGCUCUCAUCUGUCAUCUUAUCGUCAGAAAGAUGAAGGCAAACACAAAUAGGAACCAAAAACAAAGACAGGUUCUGCCUUGUGGGGUGAAACUAAAGGAAACUAAAUGCAAAAGGGAUGUGAAGGCAUCAUGCAAACUGAGAAUCAUGGCACUUAUAAAUGCAACGUUCCUCAGCACGACGACUUGCAGCUGUGUUCAUAUAUGUAUAUUAUAUAGCACCUUUUUCUAUUUGAUUCUUUUUUUUUUGUUCUCUUGCUCGUUUGCUAGACUUUCUGAGUUUACCUUGAUAGUUGAUGUCACUCAAAAUAUUGUUACACAUGGGAGCAACGGGAUGCAAUGAAACGGUGGAGGAACAGACCUUCAUCCUCGUCUCCGUCGUCCAAUCAGAAGAAAAGGAGCGUUGGAGUUAAACCCUGUCCGCCUAAAUGCAACCAAGACCCAGAGACUCCUGUUCCUAGGCAGCAGCGGGGAAAACGUCAGCUGCUGAGCUGAUGUCAGUGCAGGGAAAUAUUAAAGCGCAGUUUAUUGGAAGCUUUGUAAUAUAGACUUUGUAUAUUUAGAUCCAAUUCAUCUCAACCUGGAUUGGGAAAGCGAGAGAAGCAGUCGUCUUUAUGGAGCGCCGCCUUCUGCGGGUUCCGCUUUCUGCCGACGAUGACGAGAGUCAGGAGGUCCGACUCUUCCUGUUUGUGCCAGUGCAAACUUUGCUCUGAUGCCCAUUUUAUCUCGGACCAUCAGAACUUUGAAGGUCUUUUUUUUAACUAGUAUUUUAAACACAGAUGUUUCGUGCGCAUUACGUACAGGGCAGCUAAAAUUACCCUGCCUUCCCCCCGAAAUAUGAUUUUUGAGACUGUUACUGCCAAAUGUCAGAUUAUUCUUUUUUAUUAUUAUUAUUUUUUUAAGGUUUAAUUAUUAUUACCAACUGUGUGUGAGAGUGUGUGUGCAUGUAUGAAUUUCUAUUUGCAUGUUGUUUCAAACCUACCAGAAUUGCACUGAGCGCUGAACCCGUCUGCAAGGAGCUGGAACAAAAGCUGGGUGAGUUUUUGUCACCUGAAAUUUUGCCCUUUUUUUUUUCUGGGACAAAUUUGCCAAAAUAUGAAAAACAGUUGUUUGUCAAUAGCCUCAUUUGGCCACAUUUAGAGAUAAAGGGUGCGUUCUUUACUACCACGAAUAUGUUCAAUCUUUUAAGUUUGUUAACACUAUGAAUGCCAUAUUAGUUUUUAGCUUCAAUAAAUUUUGGAUUCAUUCUGGCUUUUUACAGAGCCAAAAUUAUGCAGUGCAUAUGUGCAUGCACCCCCACUGGUAUUUAGAUUAAGUAUGUGUUUUUAGCAAGUUGCAUGGAAACCACAUGAUUUGUUUUACCAGCAGCAGCUUUUUUUUCAUAACUCACUGUACCAGAAUCGGUCCAGCUUAUUGAAAGGACAGAGCUGAACUAUGAGCAUCAUCCAAACAUUUACCACAUUUAACAUUAGAAUUGUCAGGAAACCCAACAUUUGCCUUCUGUAUCUUUUGGAAAAGUGAUACAAAAGUGAGUCUUUUUUACACUGAACUGGUGUAUUCCACAUUUCUGUGGAAUACACAGCAGAUGAGCGUAUUCCACUGAAUGCACUCUAGCAGAUGAGUAGAAACAAACUGAUGAAUUACUUGGUAGCCCUCCUUCAUUGACCGCAGCCUACACCAUCAAACCAAACCACAAACUUCUGGAAAUGUUCCUGGAUUUCAAAACGAUGCGUGAAGUGGCGUCUGUAAUUCCAUUGUCCAGUCAGAUCAACCUCAAAGCACAAGCAAGUUAAUAUAAUUCAGUUGCGAUCGUUUAAUUUCAAUGUUUAUUUGUAUUUAUUGGUGCCACAGUUGGUGGUUUUGUUGUCACUGCAGAGAAAAAGUUGCAUCUGCUUGCUGUGUGAUCUGUUCAGCUUGUUGAAUAUUUAAUGCAGCUGAAUUUGUCUAAAAAUUGACAGGGAAAAACAGAUGAUGACAGGAUAUUUUUGACGGUGCCAGUCAAAAUAAUGGAGAUUGAGAAAGUAAACGCUCCUCUGCCUGAACGAUCUGGGAGACGACCCAUGUCUGUCCCCGCCCCCACAGCCAGUGAACCAAUCAAAAGCUGACUGACAGUCAAGUCAUGUCUGGGGGGCAAAGAAUGGAACUAUAUCUUAAUAAGAGGUGAAGGUAAAACUGUGUCACUAGAGGAGUUCUGGGUAGGAUAUAUUUGCAAAGUAAAUUUUGUCUAUUUUUUAUUUUUUUGAGUCUCUAUACUCCGGUUAACAAUUAAUCGAUCAGCCCUAAAACUAAGCUAACAUAUUUCUUUCAGCUUUUCUUGUGGUUUCUCUGGGAGACAUUAAGCCAAAUAUCAGUUUGGGUAAAUGUAUACGUUUGAGCCAGCAUGUAUAAUUUUGAUGCUGUGUGGAAUAUUUAAAAGUUAUGCAUCAAAUUCCUGUUUUUAACAUUAAUAGAACACGUUUAGAUCAGCACUCCUUCGCUUUCAGCUUUUCCGUUCAGAGGCAAAUCUUCUGCAUCGCUUUCGCUCUCACCAACCAGAGAGCGAAGGUUAACAAAUCUUCAUAACACUAAACAACCCCAAACAGAACAGUCCUAAAUUAAUAUGACAUCAUUAGAAGUUUAUGUAAACUUUAGAUCAGCCCUGCAGAUAUUUUGCAUUUCAUAAUUAUCUUGAGUCCAGUUUUGAGACUCUCUUCUUUUUCCCUGAAUCUUCCAGACUGAAACAGUUUUUCUUGGACCAAUUAUUUGUGCAGUUGGGAAGAAGCAGGAAGAUUAUUCUUCAGUUCAGAAGUUUUUUUAAGAGGAAUUUUGCUACACAUUUUUGUUCCAUGGAAGUAAGAAGUAAGAAUUUGUAUCCAAACAGCUCUCCUAAAGUCACACAGCUGCCUUCCUAUCUGCUUGAGGUCUGGGCUUUGACUGGACCAUUGCAAACCUGGCUGAAGUUGACCCCCUGCACUUUCUUCAAAUCAAAUGAAUUUGGUGUCAAAUGUUUAUGCAGCAGAAAUUUUUGUUUGAUUGUUUGUUUGUUUUGGGGUUUUUUGAGGAUACGAAGGAUUUACAUUGUUGAAAGGUCAACCAAUCCUACCUCAGUAACCAAAUGAGAACAAAAUUGUUCAAUGACUUGCGCUACAUUUGUAAUGGUUUAUGCUGCUGUAAAAGUUUUUUGUGCCAUUCUAAUUUUGUGGGUGGUGCUCCACCCCUGUACCACCGCACCACCUUUAAAUUUUAAAAACAAUGUCUUCAUAACAAAAGCAGCAAAAACUUACCAGAGUUGACCAGUUUUGUCUCUGGCAACUUUCAUUAACAUCUUUAAAACGAUAAAGGCACAAACACACAUUUCUGCUGCAGAGGCGUUUGUCUCCGGUUUGAUUUGGUUUGGAUAAGGUUAAGUUUUUAACUCCACUCAGGUCCAUUUUCCUUAGAUUCCCUGCAGACAUCAAGACAUUUUCCUCUUUGUUGUGAUCUUCAUGAUGCAUUUCCGUAUGUUUCUAAUGUUUUCGCUUUUGUUCUCAGGCCAUAAUGUGCUCACUACAUUAAAUUAGCUAAGCACAUUUAGGAAUCAGUUAGAUAUGAAAUCAUCCUUGGUGUAGAAACUUCUGUAUUUGUCGUUUAUUGACUGAACAUUAUGAACGAUGAAAGAAUAGAGCAUUUCCUUGAUCCUUAUUGGUCCCGGCCGGUCAUGUGAUCAGCUGUGAUCUAGGCUGUAUUAAAGAACGCACCCAGUGGGUCCCUUAGGUGUGUCUGUUUGCUUUCACACAGGCUUUAACCCACAAAAGAUUUUAUUUUGUUUGCCUGUGAUUAGCAUAAGAAAAACACUGACACCUGGUGGCUGAAAGUAGAACUAAACCCUCUGCUUUUAAUUUGCAGGACUUGAUUUGUGGAGGACAAUGAGGGUAAACAACUGAAGCAAAAACAGGACAAACUUUUAGGUGAAUAAAACAGUUUUAACAGAAUUUUGACCCACCAGUUAGAUCCUAAAUUCCAUUUCACACAUAAUCUUAAUAUACAGAUUGCCAUAUGGCAUCUGUCAAGUUGUCUUCCUGACCUUUAUUUUUGUACUUUUAGUUGUUUUGGCUGAGAUUUCUUAGCAUUCAAGCAGAAACUGGAAGUUGAGUUUUUCUGUGUGAAGUCUGUGUAGUUGAGUGAUUUUGUAUGAUGUGUUUUUGUGUGUGUUCUGGCAUUUUGGCAGACAGAGGCCGAACGGGGAGGGGGGGAAGGGAGGCAGGGUUAGGUCGUACGCGACGCCGUGGAUCAAAACCAGCAGCUAUAUUUGAAGGUUUUCCUCCUCCCUUCAGCAUGCAUAUGAGAAGGGAGCGGCAGCAAAAACACCUGAAGACACUUUGUUGUACAUGUCUCUCUCCACAAGAAGCGAGGUCUCACAAGUAUUAACUGAGCUCCAGGCACGAGUGAGUGGCAGGUCAUCGUCAAACUACUCCUAUGCAAACAAACCCCAGACUGAAGUUUUCACCCGUGCUUCGCUUCUGCGAUGAUGACUCCAGCACACACAGUGCUCCUACUUUUGUUCACUUCCUUUUAAAAUGUAUGUUAAAUGUUCUAUUGUAAAAAGAAAUACAUAUAUAUCAAUAUUAUACUAUCAUAUUUAUUAUUUCCACGCAUCUACAUCUAGCGGACUUUCCUCUGCCUUAACAAUGACAGCUGUAGAAAUGAACCGGAUGUGUUUUUAAGCAGUAGCCUGCUCUUCCUCCACCAACAUGUGGAUGUGGGCUGUGGGUGCACCGAGUGCAGAUUUCUGGCCGAUCACCGAUCCUUAAAAAGCCUGACCUGCUGAUUCUAAUUGGGCCAUAUUUUAGUCUGAAAUGUUGCCAAGUUGGCAACAGUGGGAUGACUAUGAUGACCUGCACACAUGUAGAUAUGAGGUGGUGGGCGGAUCCAUCCAUCAAAGUUCUCAUGGCUGAUUUUCAGUCCUUUGCUGAGGUUGAUAAGAUCGGUGGAAAUGAUGGGCUUCACAGCAGCCAAUCACUGAUGUCCCAAAGUUAAGAAAAUUGUGGCUGAUUUAUUGGCCAGCCAAUUUUAUCAAUGCACCCAUAAUGUGGGCCUCAUGUGGGUGUUGGUCAGGCAGUUUGAUCUGGGCUCUGUAUAGAGUCCAUUUGGGUUGUUUUAAGAACGCCUUCUCGUCUGACCCAGUUGGGAUGCAGGCAUAGCGCCUAGCUGGGUAAUACCUGCCAGAAACUGUAAGGUUCCUGUGGACCCAGAUUUUCAUCAAACAUCUACUGAACAUUGAUAUUGGACCAUGAUACAGUUUUUGCAAAAACAUUCAUACUCAUUCAUACAUUUCAACUUUUGAAAAAUGUUAUGUGCACACAAACUUCAAGUUGUCUUUUGGGAAUUUCAUGAAUUAAACCAGAUAAAUUAGUAGUUCAUGAUGGAGGUAGGCACCAACACACUCUUGAGUUUUAGGUUGUUGUAGAUCGAUCAGAUUCUGAUCUAUUGAUUUUAAACCUGACAUUGUAACUAAAAGCUAUUAGUACUGUAGUUUUGCCCUAAGACAAAAUGAUUUAACCAUCAGACACACAGGUGUUGACAAAGGAUCAAGGGAUGUUUUGAAGACCUUUUAUCAUUUUCUUUCAAUUCCACAAUUUAAAAUGACCUUGUACUAUUCUGUCCUAAUAAAAUCCACUGAAGUUUGUGGCAGUAGCACAACAAACUGGAAAAAAAAAAUCUAAAUUGAGUAUGAAUAUUUUUUACAGGCACUGUCACCUGUAGUUACCCCCCAUUUAAAAAUAACAGUGCAAUAUUUCUUGAGUUAUCUCAGAAAGUGAACCAGUCAUUUUAUAGAGACUCAUUAGGCAUAGAGCAAAAUACUUCAAGCUAUAUAUUUUUUGCAGUUUUAAUGGCUAUUGCUAACAGGUAAAAAACCAAAAAUCAUAAGAUGACUGACAAGAAAUAUUCCACUUUGCACAACAUUCUAAGUUGUUUAGAUGUAACAGUUUCUGGCUCUUUUUGAUGAACUGCCGGUGAAUGGUCUCCCAGUGAGAUCCAGUUGUUCUGCUGUGAGCCCAACAUAAACUGCGUUUCCAUUACAAAUGUGUGCAUAUGAGUAAACUAAACAACACCAAAAACCCUCCCCCAAUUUCAUAAUAGCAGUUUCUGCCCAAAAACCUUUUAUCAACAAACUUGAGCGUUUCCUUUUUUUAAAUUUUUUAUGUUUCCAUUAAGUGGAUCUAUUUUCAUAAUUCCAAUUUGCGCAAUCUGAAGGUCAAUGACAAUGCAGCUGUAGUCGCAGAGCUGUCUUCACAGCACCGAAUGAUGAUGAUCUGCCUUUAGUUUUGUGUGGAUGGUGCCUUUUCUUUUUAUCGUCCAAACAUGCCAUUUCAGUUUGUGUUCUCUGGCCUUGGUUAACUCCUAGCAGCUAAGCAUCCACAUUUAGCAUGACUUUGACGCGUCUCAUCUCAGAGGACUGCAGAGAAUCCCGACUGAGGGCGAGCGUGCGGCUCCUCUGCUGACAGAUUGUUAUCAUCACACAUUGCUAGUUCCAAGUCUGUUUUGAGAUGCUGUACAUAAACCACAUUUUAAGGCUUCCUCAUUGAGAUACUAAUAAGAUAAUUGUCUUCUAAUGCACUGUUGUUGCUAAGAUACCUUACAUAGUGAUAAGUUGAAAGAAAGUAUUUACUGUUCUUUAUUGUCUCGCUUUGGACACACUAAAGUUCCUGGCAGUGCACACUAUUAAACUCUGCUGCACCGUAGGCCACUCUCCUUCUCUUCUCGAUGUUUUGAAUAGUGUUGCAUGUGCCUGCCUUUUUCCAGUGGAGAACGUUAGCACUUAUUGUCCCACAGUUUGUACAGACGGACAGAUGCUCCACCCGCACAGCUCAGUUCCUGCUGAUCCUGCCGUGCCAAGCGUCCAUCGGGUUUUUUUAGUCCCACCGCUCUGUUAAAAGACGGGAUCUGUUCGACGGGGUCGCACUGACCCUGCAUGCGCUUCUACGUGUUUUGUGUGUGUGUGUGUGGUUUCGGGAACUGACAGUCUGACAGAACAAACCCUCACUUUCCCACUGUCUGACUGUGACAUCUGCUGCGCUCCUUCUGAGCGCCGUGCUAAGACCAUGAGAGGGUUAAUUGUCAUUAGUGGUGUUGCUCCCGUGGCAACGCCCCCCUCGCUGGUUGUCCCAGACUGCUCUCCCUGAGCUGCAGCAGGAAACACAGAGCUUUGCUUGUUGGAGCAUCUUUCCACUCUCUUAUCUGUAUUUGGUAUGAGUGCGUGGGUGUGUGUGUGUGUGAGAGAGAGAGAGUUGGCCUGCACAUGACUUUGGAAUCUACAUAUGGCCUAAAUGUGUUGUCUUUUUUCAUAGCGUUUAUAGAUGAGGCAGCAAUAGCCCUGCGCAGGAAAAUCAGAUGUUUAUUUAGCUGCUUUUAGCAAACUUGUCCAAAUGUCACUGUACAAAUGACUGUUAAUGAGAAAAAAGUCAUGUAUAUUUAUUUUAUAUCCUCUAUAAUUAAAAACCUCUUUUGUCUGA